GUACAUGAUGUUCGGCCUCAUUUGGAUUUGUCGGGCUAUUAGUCUGUCUGUGAUGAAGCGGUUUCCGACACUCGACCAUAUUGUAGAUGCUGGGUUUAUUACAAAGGAGGAGAAGGUGAUGUUCGAGAAUACUGAGUGUAAGUAUCAAAAGUUCUUUGUUCCGCUGAUGUGGGCCAACCAGAUUUUGGUCACUGCAAGAAGGGAGAACAAGAUAGAGACUGAGUUCGGUCUCAGAAUGAUCAUUGAGUCGCUGGCAGAUUUUCGCGACAAAUGCUCCCUUUGUUUUGUCUACGACUGGAUCACCGUGCCGCUUGUGUAUACUCAGGUAGUGACUUUUGCGGUGUAUUCCUAUUUUGCGGUAAGUCUGUUUGGUCAACAGUACUUGGAUCCUGCCAAAAACUACAAGGGAUUCGAAAUCGACUUCUACUUCCCAGGCUUCACGAUUCUUCAGUUCUUGUUUUAUAUGGGCUGGCUGAAGGUUAGUACCAAGACUUGUUUUAGAUCCACUAGCAAAGUUGUUGCAGAACAAAUGAUCAAUCCCUUUGGAGAAGAUGACGAUGACUUUGAUAUCAACUGGCUACUGGACAGACAUACUGCUGUGGCUUUUGCUUUGGUGGAUCAGUGCUAUGGAAAAUACCCAAGUCUGGUGAGAGAUGGGUUCUGGAACGACGUUGCCCCAGACAUACCUUACACCGAAUCUUCUGCCAGAUUCAUGAGACCUAACUUCUUGGGCUCAACAUUCAACAUAGAAAACCGACGAAAACCUUCCAUAAGUGGGUCAUUACUUUCUCUCGGCUACGGCCGCCACAUGCCCAAUGGAAAAGUCUACUACUACGUCCUGGAUAAAGAUCAGGACAAAGCCAGCCGGACCAGGUGGUCAUCGGUUGAGAUCCCGGUAUCUGACAGCGUGUCUGAUGAUGGCAGCGAUACAUUUCAGGU